UGGUGUUUCAAGGCUGAUUUCCAGCGAGGGAGCGUCAGAGUGGAUGGCAAAAAAGAGCGGAGCGGCGGCGGACCAAGUUUGUGGCGCGGAAAAAAAAGAAGCAAAAAAGACAAACGAGAGAAGCUUUUUUUUUUUUUUUUUUUUUAACGAGAUCGCGGGAGAGGCGAGACUCAGGCGAGCAAAGCAGAAGUUGCGCACGGUCGGCACACUUUGAGCGCCACAAUUGUUGUGACUUGACUCCAGUGGCGCACAAAAGAAGCCAACAACAAGGAGAGGACUAACUCCCGAGCACGAUUUUUUCCUCUUAGCUCCUCUUCCACUCUCCUUUAUUUUUUGCAUCUUUUUUUAAUUUUUAUUUUUUCAAGUCCGUACACAACCCCCCGCGCCCCCCGCCCCUGCGCGCGCGCGUGUGUGUGUGUCCCUCUCCCCCACCGGCGUGUGUGGCGUUUUUGUCGCCGAGAGAGCGAGUGGACUCGCGGGGGGCCGAGAGGAGUCGGAGCCGGAGCCGGGCUGCCCACAUGCUCCAAACCGCUGGCGUGAAAGUUGACUUCUUCCCAACACAAGAGAACAGGUGCCAGUGAUGAUGGUGGAAUCAGCCUCUGAGACCAUUCGAACGACACCGUCCAGCCAGAACGGAGUCAGCAGCCUCAGCAGCCAAUCAGACGGAGGGGGAGGGAGAGAGGGCGGGUCCAACGGAGACACGAAUGGAGAGAUCAGCCCAGUCGAUCUACUGCACCUGCAACAGCAACAGGCUCUUCAGGCAGCCAGACAGUUCCUCCUCCAGCAGGCCUCUGGACUCAACUCCCCCGGCAGCAACGAGGUCAAACAGAGCCCCGUGCAGGUCCCUGUAUCCAUGGCUAUGAUGAGCCCCCAGAUGAUCACUCCACAGCAGAUGCAACAGAUCCUGUCACCCCCUCAGCUCCAGGCUCUGCUGCAGCAACAGCAGGCUCUCAUGCUUCAGCAGCUACAGGAGUACUACAAGAAACAGCAGGAGCAGUUGCAUCUGCAGCUUCUGACUCAGCAGCAGCAGCAGCAACAACAGCAGCAGCAACAGCAGCAGCAGCAGCAGCAGCAGCAGCAGCAAGCUGGAAAGCAAGCAGCAAAAGAGCAGCUCGGCAGCAAGCAGCUGGCCUUCCAGCAACAGCUGAUCCAGAUGCAGCAGCUUCAGCAGCAGCACAUCCUCAACCUCCAGAGACAAGGCCUGGUUCCCCUGCAGCCCACCGCCGCCAUGCAGUCCCUGCAGCAAGCGAUGUGUCCGUCGGAUCUCCAGCAGCUGUGGAAGGAGGUGUCGGGGGUGCCGAGCAGCGACGAGGCCUUGAAACAAGCCGAGGGCCUGGACUUGAGUACCAACAGCUCUAAUUCUACCUCAGCCUUCCCCAAAACGGCCAGCGCCCACAUGCCACUGCACAGCCUGCCCAAUGGACAGAGCCACACCCCAAAGAGAGACAGAGCCAGACUGUUUGAGUGGAUAUCCUCCUUCACCAAGGCAGACAGUGGCGAUGACCAUGGCCCCCCAUACUCCAAAGGCAGCCAGCCCCCCACCAGCCAUCACGAGGAGCAUGCCGGCUCCCAUCCUCUCUAUGGCCAUGGAGAGUGUAAGUGGCCUGGCUGUGAAGCACUGUGUGAGGACAUGGGACAGUUCAUCAAGCACUUGAACAACGAGCACGCCCUAGAUGACCGCAGCACUGCUCAAUGCCGAGUCCAGAUGCAGGUGGUUCAGCAGCUGGAGAUACAGUUGGCAAAAGAGAGCGAGCGACUCCAAGCAAUGAUGACCCACCUGCACAUGCGCCCCUCCGAGCCAAAGCCUUUUAACCAACCUUUGAACCUGGCUUCCAGUGGCUCGCUGUUAAAGCGGGACAGUGACCUCUACCCAGAGGGUCUUCCUCACCCCCCCACCUCAGCUGCCACCCCCAUCACUCCACUGCGCCAGGGACCCUCGGUCAUCAGCUCCUCCAGCCUUCACACACACUCCCACUCCCACGCACACGGUGUCGGGGCCAUACGUAGGCGCAACUCCGACAAAUACUGCACCCCCAUCGCCUCAGAGCUGGCUCAGAACUGUGAGUUCUACAAGAACGCUGAUGUCAGGCCUCCUUUUACCUACGCCUCUCUUAUACGUCAUGCCAUUCUGGAGUCUCCUGACAGACAGUUGACUUUGAACGAGAUCUAUAACUGGUUUACACGAAAGUUUGCCUACUUUAGGAGAAACACGGCCACGUGGAAGAAUGCUGUGCGCCACAACCUGAGUCUGCACAAGUGUUUUGUUCGUGUUGAGAAUGUGAAGGGGGCCGUGUGGACUGUGGAUGAAGUUGAAUACCAAAAGAGGAGACCACCAAAGAUGACCGGGAGUCCCACUCUGGUGAAAAACAUGAUUUCAGGCCUGGGCUUUGGAUCCCUAAAUGCCAGCUACCAGGCCGCCCUGGCAGAGAGCAGUCUGUCCCUGCUCAACAGCCCCUCCCUGGUGACCCCUCCAUCUGCAGCCAGCCUCAACAUGCUGCACGUGGGCCAUGAUGAUGUCAGCUCCACCGUGGAGCAGGUCAACAGCAACGGCAGCUGCAGUCCCACACUCAGCCCACAGCAGUACUGCCACGCGGUCCACGUAAAGGAGGAGCCCACUGAGAUCGAGGAGGAUUGUCGGCCCAUCUCCCUCCUGGCCGGGAUUAGCCACAACUUGCCGUUGCCGAGCGACGACCGUGACCUGGAGGACGACCUCCCCGCCGAUGAUCUGGAGUAAGACGGAUCCGACCGGCGGGAUCGGAGGGGCGGGGCUUAGUCAGCAGAAGAAACGAUAGCUACACUUGAGCAAAACGAGAGAAUAGAAAAAAAACGAGAAUGUUUUUAUUUUUAUUUGUUGUUAUGAGCAAGCAACCAAGGAUGACAUUGAGAAACUCCAAACAGGGUUUGAAGACCUUCGUUACUUUAAGUCUGUGGAGCACUGCUUUAACGUCACAUCUCUUUCCACAAACACACACGCACACACAUAAACCCACACUGGCGCACUCCUUCUCUAGUCGAAGCCUUCUUCAGUCUCUCUGUGGAAACCCAACGAGGUUUGGAUGCAACAUCUUUUCCUCCUCACUCAGGCUGACUGGCUAACCAUGUAGACCCACGUACACGCGUGUGUGACUAUGUGUAUAUAGAUUUGGAGCAUUCACCAGGAGUCUGUGCAGUAUAUCUUUCCAUCUCCCUACACACUUUAGUCAGUCUUCUUCAUCACAUCCAAACCAAACUUUUGGGCUUCAGGAUGGGAAGAGAGGAAGAUGCUUUCAAAGAAGACCUCGGACUGCACCCCAACACGUGGAGAGCUCCCGUCUCCAAAUCCCUGACUGGGGGGAGGUGCGGCCCCUCUUUGCUUGUGAGAUAUUAAAAAAAGAAGAAAAAGACAUUGUCCCAGCCACCCAAAAAGACUGCAAGAAAAGGAACAUCCAGUGCUAUCUCUCCUCCUUUGUUUGGGAUGGAGGGAUGAGUUUGGAACACUCAUAGAAGAAAAUAGCCGGGAAGUGUCUAUAGAUAUAUUGUGACUUUAAAAAAAAAAAAAAAAAAAAAAAAAAAAAAGGAACCUGUCAACGACAUGGGAAAAAAACGUGGUAGCUUUAUCGUUUCCUUUUUUUUUAUUUGAUGUUAUUAUCAUUCUUUAUUUUUGAGGAGCAUUAUUUCCACGGUGGUGUUUCUGUUUCGAUGUAUCUUUUCUGCCAAUGCUGGUUUAUUCUUGCAUUUGAUUUGUUUGUUUGUUUUCCACACCAUUCCGAGUAUGAAAAAAGAGAAAGCGCAGUAUUGUCUCCCUCAACCCCCCCCCCCCCCCCCCCUUUCACUCCCAGGUGUAGCAGCCUAGAAAUUUGGAAAUAGCACUUAAAAGUUAGCAUUAGUCAAGCAAAUAAUUUAAAAGCAUUCUUUUUUUUUUUUUUACAUUUUGUCACAUUCAGUUAUUUUUAUUGUUUAUUUAGUUGAGAGAUAUGAGUAAUGCUUUAAAAAAAGAUAUAUAAAUAUAUAUUAAUGCAGUCAGAGAAUACCUCAUCCCACAAAGGUUCCAAUUUCAUAAAGAAACAAGGGGGGACUUCUUUGCGUGGGAUACCAAAACGUGGCUCGAUUCAAAGCUCUGUGCUCGUGAUUAGUUACCGUGUCAAUGCUAUCUAUGAUUCAGUGUGUGAGGAUGUGUUAAAGGAAUAUCACGUGAGAUUUUUUUUUUCUUUUUUUUUUUUUUGCUUUUUCCACACUGCCAUACCAAAUUUAACAUUUGUUAUUUUUCAAAUCUAUUCUCUGCUUCUUACGCCCAUCUUAUUUUUGUUACAGGUAACCAAAGAAGUAUUUAGAAAACCAAAAACCCUGUAGUUUGUUUCACCCCCGUUAUUUCAGUUUCCUUUGUAUUCUUAAAGAACUGUCCAAAAGACAACGAACCAGUAGUUUGAACUCUUUUUAUUUUUAUUUUAUUUUUUAAUAUCGUUUGAAAGUUAAAAAGGACUUACAGUGCUGACCAUUCCCGCAAACCAAAGUGUGAGAAGCAAACUACGAAUUUGAAUUGAAAGCUUUUUUUCGGUUACAAACUGCUCCUAUUCGGUAUGAGGCCAAAUAUACAAAGGAGUAUUAAGGUUACACUAAAAAUAAGUAUGAGAAAAAAAAUCAAAAUUUUGUUCAGUAAAAAUGUGUCAUAUUCCGGGCAUAAAAAUGUAAUUUCAUCAAUUGAAUGUCAAAUUCUUGCAUUAUUUAAUAUUUGUUAAAUCACAACUGCUUGAUAACUGACAAAAAGAUUUCCGUGUUUAGUUCUUCCUCAGGAAGAGAUACAAAUGUUAUACUGAUGAUAUGACAAUUCAUUUCAUUGUUUGUCAAACUUAUACUAAAUUGUAACUUUUUUCUCAUAACAUUGUAAUUUAUUCUCGUAGUAUAUUUGUCUCUAUUUUCAAUGUGGCCCUAAUACUCCUUGCUACAAAUAAGUAUUAAACAUGCACAGUUCCUCUUACAAAGGCAAAAGAAAAAGCACUUAGAGGUGAAAGCAUGUCUCUGCCAUGCUCAGGCUAAAGUGUGUUCCAAACACAAUCCCAGGACUAAGUCAUUCCAAAUAUGUGUAGCGAGGAAUCUUUCCAUAAGAGGGAACAAAUGAUAAUACUAAAAAUGAUACCAAUGUAAGAGGACAACAACCAAGUGACGUCAUGUAUUAAAAAAAAAAAAAAAAAGUUCACAAUUUCAUUCUUAACUUUUGCACUUCACACCAUUUUAUUUAAUUGAAGAAGCUUUGCAUUCACACAGCAACGUAUUUCUUACAAAAAACAAAACAAAACAAAAAAAAAAAAAAGACGCAAAAAGACAGACCAAAAAGAACACUACCUCCUUUUGGAACUCUCCUCAAUAUUUCCCCCCCUACAUUCUUCCUCAAUAAUAACAAUAUGUGGACUCCCUGACGCGUGUGUUUCAGCCCAAAAACAAACAUGAUGAACUGUGAAGACUACCUCGCCUUAGCUGCGACCUGAAGCGCUCUCUGCAGCUCAAAGUGUCACGCAAGUGAAGCAUGAUGGAGAACCAUGAUGGAGAUGAUUGGGGCAAUGUGCUGUUGCAGGGAAACUGUUAUCAGGUGUGAUGAUAGGCAGAAUUUAUCACACACACACACACACUCAAGGGUGGCACAGAAGCAUUGAAGCAGGGCUACAUGGGUUUGUGCAAACAGAGGCUCUGACCAAAUAUCCAAAGACCCCCCCCAAAAAGCAGUAACCACUCCCCAAGAGGACACACACAAAUACACACUCAUCAUGGCUCCUUCAGUCCAAACAAGAGGAACUGCUGCAUUCAGUCGAAUAUGUAGAUGAACUUGUGCUUUAAGAUACACCUGUCAACAAGUCGCUUUUAUAAAGAUUGUUCACAGGUCGCCGCGUAAGAUUUCUUGGCAUAACAUGAUGUAUUCUUGUAUAUUAAUGAUUGACUUAUCUCUCCAGGGCAUUCUUUCCUUUCAUUUCUGCUUAUUUUUUUGUGUGUUUUCUGCACCUGUUUAGCUAUUGUAAACCUUGCAGCUCUGGUUCCUAUACUGUACUGCUAAUGCUGAACUAUAUGUAUUUAUCAUAUUAAGUACUGCAGGUAUCUUGGUUUUGAUAGUUUUCUUUUGUUUCCAUGUUUUCAGUUCUUCAUAAAAACGUCUGGGACGCUGAUUUUUUUUAGAAAGUGUAUUAUCGCCAAAAAAAAAAAAAAAAAAAAAAAAAAAAGUUAAAAGAGUAAAAGCUAGAUCAGUGGUUUUAGGUAAGAUCUGUUUGUAUAUUUAUCUUAGCUAGGUCUAUUUUGAUACUUUUUUGUCUCUGUACUGCAUUUAUGCGUUUUUAAGGAGAAAAACACAAAUGGAUGAACUAAAAAUUUCCUUCAUUAUGUAUUGAUACCUCAGAAGGACUUUUUUUUCUCAAUGACAGGACCAAAACCUCUGAAAAGAAAACGAGUGUAAGAAUAUUCAGCCUCUUUCCUGCUUUACACAAAUUUGGACUGUCUCUUGGUCUUUCAGGUGCCAAUAUUGUGUCCCUCUGACCCCUGACCCUUGUCAUUCCUUAGCUGACCUCUGGCCUGCAGAGCUGUCAAUCAUGCGCGGGCGGGAUGGGGGUGCGACUGGUCACACAGUUCCUCUCUUAAUCCCAUAGAGGCAGAUCAAAUGCUUGCAUUGUUGACGCUCAUCCUCUUUUUUUGCAUGGUCAUGGUACCAAAAUGUGGACUGGCGCUCUGAGAUGCAGCUUUUCGCCUGACUACCAAAGUCCAAACUCCUGAACUAUAACCAAAUUGAUACCUUAACCAAACCGAAAGCGAGCUACUUCCAAAAGUCUCCAUUGACAUCACAGAUCACCUUCACUGAUAGCUGUUAUCUCUUGUAUGUGUGUGCGACUGAUGGCCUCGUAGGACCAGGCUGACUUAGUGGCUAAAACGGAGCCCCAAUCGGGGCCUGUGAUUGGAUGGUUCUCAGGCAUCUUUUAAAGGGGAGAAGGGACUGUCAAAGUUAAGCAUUGAUGGUAAUAAACAAGUCCGAAUGACCACUUCAGCUCUCCUCUGGUUAAACCUUAGGAAUUCGUGUACAUUUUCAGCAGUGACUCUUCAGUGCGUUGUUACUUAAUUUCACUUUAUUGCUUUGCUUAUUUUGUUGCUUGUUCUUGUUCUUUCCAAAUGUCACCAGACUUAGAGGCGGGGGGCUGGGUGGUGGCUUUAAGACACAGAGUGGAGCCUCCAUGCCGCGUAGCCAUGUUGAUGCCAGUCACUGCCCUUUCUUUCAUGCUGUAUAAAACACACAGACACACACACACACAUGCAUAUAUCUGUGUAUUUGUAACCUGAAUCUUCUUGUGUCUGUCCAUGCAGACAAUAAAAAACUGUACAGUAGGUCUAGUUGCAUGUAAUCUGUACUAAUUAUUGACAAUGGCAUUAUAAAAUGCAAUAAAAUACUUAUUACACUGUC